CGCUCCUCGUGUGCAGCUCAUUAGGAUUCUGCAGGAGAAGUUUUAAUAAUGUAUUUUGAUGUAUGUUCAGACCAUGCUGCUCAGGAGAUCCUGGAAACGAUCCACGAAGCAGCAGUCCUUGCGACUCUCAGAGCUUCAUCGUAAGUCUCAGCUGUGGCGAGGGAUCGUGAGCAUCGCGCUGAUCAAAGGCAGGAACCUGACGCCGAUGGACCCCAACGGGCUGAGCGACCCGUACGUCAAGUUCAGACUGGGACCCCAGAAGUACAGGAGCAAGACAGUGCCAAAGACCCUGAGUCCACAGUGGAGGGAGCAGUUUGACCUCCACCUGUAUGAGGAGACGGGAGGAGUGCUGGAGAUCACAGUGUGGGACAGAGACACCGGCAGGAGAGACGACUUCAUCGGACGCUGCCAGUUGGACCUCUCCACUCUGUCUAAGGAACAGACUCAUCACCUGGAGCUGCCGCUGGAGGAGUCCCGGGGCUUCGUGGUGCUGCUGGUCACGCUGACCGCCUCGGCUCAUGUCUCCAUCGCCGACCUGUCCAUCGCCCCUCUGGACGACCCGCAGGAGCGCCGGGAGACACUCAAGAGAUACAGCGUGUUGAAGUCGUUCUCCAACUUCAGAGACGUCGGCAUCGUGCAGGUGAAGGUGAUGAGAGCCGAAGGACUCAUGGCUGCAGACGUGACCGGUAAGAGCGACCCAUUCUGUGUGCUGGAGCUGAAUAACGACCGGCUGCAGACUCACACAGUUUACAAGAACCUGAAUCCAGAGUGGAACAAAGUUUUCACCUUUAACGUUAAAGACAUUCACUCCGUGUUGGAGGUGACGGUGUUCGAUGAGGACAGAGACAGGAGCGCUGACUUCCUGGGAAAAGUGACCAUUCCCUUAUUACAUAUCCGUAACGGUGAGCAGAAGAGCUACAUGUUGAAAAAGAAGGCGCUGACAGGUCCGACUAAAGGAGUCAUUUACCUGGAGAUGGACGUCAUCUACAACACUGUUAAAGCUGCUGUGAAGACUGCUAUCCCUGCAGAGCAGAAAUACAUCGAGGAAGAACCAAAAGUCUCCAAGCAGUUGCUCCAGCAGAACUUUAACCGUGUGAAGAGGUGCAUCAUGGUCCUGAUUAGCAACGGGAUGUAUAUCAACAGCUGCUUUGAGUGGGAGUCUGCACAGAGGAGCAUCAUCUCCUUUGUGCUGUUUGUGGUGGUGGUUUGGAACUUGGAGCUCUACAUGUUGCCGCUGGCUCUGCUGCUGCUGCUCGUCUGGAACUACUUCUUCUGCUCGAGCAGAGAAACAGCUGACGUGACCAUGGAGGCCAUGUUAGAGUGGGAGGACGAGGAGGAGGAUAAAGAUGACAAGGAGUCAAAGGGCUUCAUGGAUAAACUGUACGCCAUCCAGGACGUGUUCAUCAGCGUGCAGAGCACUCUGGAUGACGUGGCGUCGUAUGGAGAGAGGAUGAAGAACACCGUUAACUGGACCGUGCCUUUUCUCAGCUGGUUGGCGAUCGCUGCCUUAUGUUUGGCCACAUUCCUUCUCUACCUCAUCCCGCUGAGAUACCUCGUGCUGGCGUGGGGUGUGAAUAAGUUCACCAAGAAGCUGCGUAACCCGUACAUGAUCGACAACAACGAGCUUCUCGACUUUCUGUCCCGAGUGCCCUCUGAUGUUCAAGUGAUGCAUUACCGUGAGCUGGAUCCCGGACAAAGUCCCAGCAAACGUCGGAGGACGAACCCGAGUUAGCCUUCAGCGCUGUGAACUCUGUAAACUAUGUUAUUUAUAUAUUAUUAUAUUUAAUGUAUAUUUUGAUUAUUAUGAAGAAGUUGAACUUGUUGAGUUAUUUUCUGUUUUGUUACUUUCAAAUAUUUAUUUUCUGAAUCUUGUAAAGAAAUGCUGUCAAUGUUUUUUAAAUCAGUUUGCUUUGGCUGAUGGUGUGUGUGUGUAUGUACAGUAUGUUUGCAUGUUAUCGCUGUUACUUCAUGUAUGACAGUAUUUACACACACAGAUCCACAGCAUGUAGAAUUACAAACUGUUUUGUGCUCCGUAAGAAAAAUAUUGCAUCAACUGGAUUUGAGUCUGCGAGACGAAGUCAUCCUGUAAACUUCAAACAUUUUUACACUUUAACAUUAUCUCUUUAACAUUAUCUCCUUUAACAUUAUCUCCUUUAACAUUAUCUCCUUUAAUAUUAUCUCCUUUAAUAUUAUCUCCUUU